AUGGCUUCCGGCUUUCGAAGACUCCUUGCAGACCAUACUUCCCUUCAUAACUCCGACCUCCCGCCAAACUAUCUCUUCCCUCCUUCGACCACUCACUCUUCCAUUCCCGAUGAUCUACGACAGCUCACGAUCUUCCUCGCCGGACCACCAGUAACACCCUACUCCCAGGGUCUAUGGCGCCUGCACCUCCGAAUUCCAGAAGAUUAUCCCAGAAGCCCACCAAAGGCGGCAUUCAAGACGCGGAUAUGGCACCCGAAUGUGGAAGAGUCAACGGGCGCGACGAUAUCGUGCCUACUUAUUCAUCCCAACCCGGACUCGGCUUUGAAUUCUGCAGCUGGUGCACUUUUGCAAGACGAUUACGAGGCGUUUGCGCGUCAGGCGAAGCUAAUGACAUCGAUACAUGCGCCCGUCCCACCGCACUUGAAAGAGUUGGUAUCCGGAGCGAAGCGAAGGGGUGAGGAUCCAAGUGCAAAACUCGAGGAAAACACACAACUAUCGGUAUCUGUUCAAACGAGCAAGACGACAAGAACGACGUCUUCUGUGGUGAUGAAGAGAAAAAUCUCCUCCGUGGGACCAACAUCCACAUCCAAUUUGGAUAUUAGACUUAAGAGCGAUUGCUUACCGGAAGAGGGGUUACCAGCCCAACCAGAGGAAGAGCCGGAAUCUGACGGCGAAUGUGGCAGUGCAUCAAAAGAAAACGACCCUUCACUGUCCCCUUCUCCCGUCAUUAUGCCAGCCCCCAGCCCGCGCAAAAGUAUUCUUGGCAAGCGACCGCUUGCUGCUAUUGCGCCGCCCGAGUCAGAUGAGAUUGUCGUCAUCAAUGACGACGACCAGCGUGACUUCAACUCUCUCAGUGCGUCCGAGAGGAAUAUUGUUUCGAAUAUAACCAGCAGUGACUAUAAUCAAUUACGAACCCCACAACGCAAAUCUCCUAAGCUUUCCGAGCUGGGAAGAGGGUCCAUUAAAGCGCCUUCUCGAUUUCAUAUUUCAAGUGAUGUCUGCAACAAACCCGGCGAUAUAUUCAAGGGAAAUAUCGCUGCGAGUUCGGCUCGAAACGUCCGACAGUUACCUGUCCCCGAUCCAUUUCCUAUGUCCAAUGAUUCAAAUUCCUCUCUUUCCUGUAGUGGCCUCGGUUUGUCCAAUGCUGCCUACGAAGAUCCAUCUAAACACUCCAGAAGAAUACCUAUCGCCCGUAAGGUUCCAGGUUCUGGGGUCAAAACGAAACCGCGAACUGGACUUCGACGGUUAUAA